UUCCUACUUUACCCCCUGCUAAAUUAAGCCUGGCUAUUUUGCAACAACAAAAUAUCUACGGCAUUAAACAAAUGCCAACACUGUUCUGUAAUUUUUAAAAAAAUAUUCACUUUGAAUUUGUUUAUUUCUGACACAGUUAGACGUUUGCAGUGCUUCUAAAGCUUAAAGCUUCCCAAGUUUAAUUGCUUUUGCUGAAUACUCAGCUGAUACACCAAUCGUCGACGAAUUGUUACAACAAAAUCAGCUCUCAAUUUAGGUUUUUGGCACGACAUGCGCGUUAGCACCGAAUGCCAAAUUACCAAAAUAUUAUUUAUUUUAUUUGUUUUCCCAGAGUUCUUCGUCAUCAUCAUCCGCCAUCCUCGUAACCAAGUGAAUAUAACAAACCUCUGAAAAUUAGAAGAACAUAUAGAUAAAUUAAUACGUCAAGUCUUUGCAGUAUUGAAAUAUCAUUUAAAGUGUCAACGAACAACUGCCAAACCCAAUUUUUAGGUUUCCUAGGCACUCAAAAUGAUAAACAAUUGUUAAGCAGUCAACCAGCCAGCCUGGUCAUCAUCUACCUAACCAGCUAGCCAUUCAUUCAUUCAUACUUCCAAGUGAAACUAAACCACCAAAUAACCAAACACCCUUCCCACAGUAUAACGACCCCAGUGAAACUGUAUAGUGGAAAUUCAGUCAUUAUCUGAGUGCGAGUGAGGUUGCUCCGUGUGUUCCGUGUACCCAAGAAACGCCAUUCAGAAAGAAAAAGAAAACGAAAACACAAAAACCACCCGAAAAAUGAAAACAACGUGCAUCCAAACAAGCCACAUUAUCCAAUAAAAAGUGUAAAAUAAUGAAAAAGAGGCGGUAUGGCAUUACAAGGUUGGCGACUUUGCGGCGUAACGGUAACAAUUGUUAUAUACAUUGGAGGAGUCCUCUUUCUAUCCAUGAAUAAUGUUCCUGGCUCACAUCCUAGACGAAUACGUACUGAACGUUUUGCAGAGUUUCCUAAUUACCGAAAUCAAAAGCAUGGCAUUAGUCAAAAGAUGACAAUUAGAUGGUGUAAAGAACUAAGAUAUAUGCAACCAGAGCUUCCAGCAGAACCUGCAGAUGCAGCUUCCGAAUUUAAUAAUCCAAACAUUAGCGACAAUGAUGAUAAUAGUAAGACUGGAUUGACUGCGUUGGCGUCUUUUCCCGGAAGCGGCAAUACAUGGCUUAGAUAUUUACUGCAACAGUCUACAGGUAUCCUGACUGGAAGUAUUUACAAAGACUAUGGACUACUAAAGACCGGGUUUCCUGGCGAAAAUGUAUGCAACAGUUCUGUGUUAUUAGUAAAAACUCACGAAUGGGGGCCCAAAGCAUGGGCUCCCUUUUCAAAGGCUAUACUAUUAGUUAGAGAUCCUGAAAAGGCUAUAAUUGCUGAAUUCAAUCGACAAAGUGGAGGGCAUGUUGGAUUCGCUUCUCCAGACCGCUACAAAAGAACAAAAGGCAAAUACUGGCAACAAUUUGUAACGAACAAGUUACGUGGAUGGGAGCUGAUGAAUCUCAACUGGGCAAAGAAUUUUACAGGCAAUGUUAAAAUAGUUUUUUACGACGAUUUAGUCAAUAACGUUGAAUCAGUAUUAAGAAGCAUUUUAGACUUCCUCGAAUUUCCCAUAGACGAGCAUCUACUCAAGUGUGCGCUGAUGCGAAAGGAGGGGAUAUUCCGACGAAAGAAACGAAUACUAUCAUUUGAUCCGUACACACCUGCCAUGAGGGCCAACCUAGAGGAGCGUAAACAAUAUGUCUUCAAUGUGUUGGGCCGGACGACGACAACAACUAACUAGGAAUUUAAUGCAACCCCGUAGCAUGAAUGCUCACAACAUGUAUUUGAAUAUACCCGUAAAAUUUAUUCCAUCUAUGUAAAAUAUCUACUCACAUCUAAUCAACAUGCAUACACACACACAUACAAACAUUCAAAUUUACAAGUACGGAAUGAGCACAAUGUCCAAUCGUGAAAAGGACAUAACUUUACUAACGAAUGAAUAAAACUUCGAAUAUACAAUAAGGAAA